UUUGUUUCUUUUCAGGUGAGAUUAUGUGUCUCUCUCGCCGUUGAACGGCGGCACGAUGAGGGUCUCUGUGGUGCCCUCCCAGCGUGUCGUGUUAUUGGCCGGUCCCUCCAGUCGUUACCAGGGGCGUGGAGCCAAGCGAGCUGAAUGGGAAACACAUUUGUGCGGCUCGCCGUUGUGUUAACUGCAAAUGUGGAGGAGAGACAAUGACAAGCGAGAACAGUUGUCCGCGUAAAUUAAUUGCCGGGGAGACGACCGGGGCAAACUAACAUUUCUCGUGGUGUUUGAAGCAGUGGUCUUUAACUACACGCUCCGCAUUCAGCAGCAGCAGCAGCAGCAGCGGAGAGACUUGGCACCGUGAGCUGCAGUCGAAGAAGAGAGGGAUGCGGGUACUUCAGAGGAGAUAAAUUCAAUUUAUUGGUCUUUUUCUUGUCAAUAUGGGGCUCCUUUUAGAAAGAAAAAACUUAAGUUAAUCCUGCAUUCGUUUUCGGCCGUUCUGUUGUCUCUUGUGUGUAAAAAAAAUGAGGAUAAUAAACAGAUAGGGCGUUUAAUGGUCCACCUUUUUUUUUCCUUGGACAAAACGGCGAACGUUAGCGAGUUUUUUUUUUUUCUUUCUUCAUUUUUUCCACCCAACACUGGACCUGGCAGGGGUUUUUCUGUGUCGUGUAUCGGCAGUGUGAGUUUUUGCCGAGCUCUUCUUUGGAUUUGGACCAAGCUCUUGACAUCGAAUGAAAUCUCCUCUGUGCCAUCCCACCCAGUGUUGUUAGGGGCCUCUGCUGGCAAACUGCGUCACCGAGUGGGCGCUGCAGGUACUCAUCUCUAAACCUGCAGUUUGGCAAGUCUAGCCAUGGCAAGAAUGAACUGGAAACCAAAGCAACUGAACUUUUAAAUCACCAUGGAGCCGGAGCCUAAUUCCAACUCCAUAGAACUGAAAUGUCCAUCUGUACCCAACCCUGAUUGUGAACUCGCCACAAACAUGUAUGAGUCCAUGGGUGAUGGAAAUGUCAAUCAUGUGGAUUCAUUAGUGAGAGGGGGAAGUGACCCCAGUGCAUAUCCUUCUUCCAGUUAUCAGAGAAGUGUUCACCAGAGAUUCAUCAGGAGGAGCCUAUGGUUUUCUGACACAGAUGAGCAGGCCUUCGAAGCACCUGAAUGCGACAACAGAAGCAAGAUCUUGCACAUAAACCUGAGAACUAUAGUAGACAGGUCGCGGGGGACUGGCUGCGGAAUACAAGAAGGUUCAAGCACUGAAAGUCAAGGGGGGCGUAAGGACAGUGCAACAGAGAGCACCAGUGCUGACGAGGAGAAAGAGAAAAGUGGAAAUGCAUUAAACAUUACAUGCAAUGAUGGGGGUAAAGCUGCUAUCAAGUCUGCCAGUGAGGAGAAUGAGGAGGAGGCUGAGAUGAAAGCGGUCUCCACGUCCCCAGGAGGGAGAUUCCUCAAAUUUGAUAUAGAGCUCGGGAGAGGGUCCUUCAAGACGGUCUACAAGGGUCUGGAUACGGAGACCUGGGUGGAGGUUGCCUGGUGUGAGCUGCAGGAUCGUAAGCUGUCAAAAGUGGAACGUCAACGCUUUAAGGAGGAAGCAGAGAUGUUGAAGGGUCUUCAACAUCCCAACAUUGUACGUUUCUAUGACUUCUGGGAGUCUCCCAUGAAAGGAAAGAAGUGCAUUGUAUUAGUGACCGAACUCAUGACAUCAGGAACACUAAAAACAUAUCUAAAGCGUUUCAAGGUGAUGAAACCCAAAGUGCUGAGGAGCUGGUGCAGACAGAUACUGAAAGGCCUUCACUUUCUUCAUACCAGGACCCCUCCCAUCAUUCAUAGAGAUCUCAAAUGUGAUAACAUCUUCAUCACUGGACCUACAGGCUCGGUCAAGAUAGGGGAUUUAGGACUGGCAACUCUUAAGGCUGCUUCCUUUGCCAAGAGUGUCAUAGGAACCCCAGAGUUUAUGGCACCAGAAAUGUAUGAGGAACACUAUGAUGAGGCCGUGGAUGUCUACGCCUUUGGCAUGUGUAUGCUAGAGAUGGCAACCUCAGAGUAUCCCUACUCAGAGUGUCAGAAUGCUGCUCAGAUAUACCGCAAAGUCACUAGUGGAGUGAAGCCAGCCAGCUACAACAAGGUCAUGGAUCCUGAAAUCAAGGAGAUUAUAGGAGAGUGUAUCUGCCAAAAGAAAGAGGAGCGGUACACAAUUAAGGACCUGUUAAACCACGCUUUCUUUGCUGAGGACACAGGGGUACGGGUGGAGCUAGCUGAAGAGGAUGAUUGCAAAAAGGCCUCAAUAGCCCUAAAACUUUGGGUGGAAGACCAUAAGAAGUUAAAAGGCAAAUACAAGGAGAGCGGAGCCAUAGAGUUCACAUUUGACUUGGAGAAGGAGGUUCCUGAAGUUGUGGCACAAGAGAUGGUGGAGUCAGGCUUCUUCCAGGAGAGUGAUGCUAAGACUGUGGGAAAGUCAAUUAGGGAUCGUGUGGCUCUGAUCAAAUGGAGAAGAGAGAGAACAGUGUCUGCUGCGGUUGCAGUAGAUCAAGGUGAAGGGGGACAUGGGGCCCAGAUGACACCAUCUCAGGGAAUCCCUGCUGGGGCUGCACAUGUAGGACAACCUUUGCUGGAGCCAGAAGAGCCGGAAACAGAUCAGCACAACAGGCUGCGUAACCUACCAGCUAGUGCCACCUCAGUGACAUCAGACAGCACACUUGACAGUGGCAUGGGCUCAACUGUGUACUCAGACUCCCACAGCAGCCAACACAGUGUCCUCUACCAGUCCCUGCUGGAGCCUAUUACUAUGGCAACACAGCAGUGCCAGAGUGGUAACCCUUCCCUGACGGAUCGACCUCACUCCUGUGAAAAGGGUGAACUUUGGGGGGCCACAAUGAGCCCAGAGCUCAGGAAUCGUUUUGGAGCUGCAGCUCGGAGAGGAAGUGCCCCCGUUAUUGACACUCAAAGGGCAAACCGUGUUUCUCAACUCCAUGCACAGUCCAUUCACUCUCAGAGAUCAAUGAGUCUUACCCCCACAGAUCCAGAGAACCAGUCAUUACUUACCCCCUCUGAGCCUCAUUCAGAGGCCGAGGAAGGGCUCUGCUCCCAGAGUGCUCUGCCAGUUUUGCAGGUUACCCCUGUCUGUCCACAUUCCGAGUACCGCCGCCUUAGUGACACUAGCAUCAGACAAUCGUCUGAGAACCUAACUGCCCAAACUGGACGCAGACACUCUGACCUUAGUAGUCUUCUUAGUCUAAACUCCCAUCACAACCACCAUGUGGCAAUGCAUCAAAGCCAAAUGUGUCAGGCCUGUCUCUGUUUGCUUCUUCUAAGGUCAAGAGAAGGCAGUCACUGUCGUCCUUCUGUUCUCAUUCCAAAACACCUCUGUCCCUGUGACUUUAGACAACAUCUUUCCUCUGCUGGUACAAAAAACGUCCCUGAUUAUGGACGGCUGAAAGGUCCAAGUGAUAGUUCUGAUUUCUCACUUCUUCAGCAGUCCCUGUUCAAAAUAAUAAGCCGUAAAGCAACCCCUUGUCAAACCAAAGUCACCCAAGCUUCCAUGCUGAACUCCUCAGCUGUCCACAGGCCUACAUGCAGUGAUGGAGACAACAGUGUGAAGAGUCGUCUUCUGAGUGGCAGUUCAGUUGGGGAACAUGAACCCCUCCAGGAUUGCGAGGAUAGAUUCUGUGACGGAGAACAGCAAGUUACCAGGGCUGUAGGAGUGAAUAGUUCGACAGGUCACCAAAAUCAACCAUCUGCCCAGGGCCUGCCCUCAUCCAGCACAGCAGUGCACACAACACUACAGUAUCUCCAGCCAGGACACAGCUACCCUACUGCUCCAUAUACUGGCCAACAUAAUGUUCCCACACCAGAUCCAGCUAGUCUUUGCUCAGUCAACAUUCAGCAAACAGCCAGUGCUGCUGGCUUCACAUCUCAAAGUGUGCAACAGACCCAAGCUGCAUCAGCCGUACCACAACAUGUUGCACAGAGCUAUCAACCACAAGGCUACCAACUGCAGCAGGCAGCAACAGCAGGCUCUUCGACUUGCCCUUUGAAUGUUCAACAAACUUGUCAGAAGUGUGUGGGCCCAACUCAGCAACAGACUCAAUCUGCAUCAGGGUAUCCUGGUCUAGUUCAGCAACAGACUGUAGCAACAGCAGCAACCACUCUGCCAACACAGCAGCCAGCACAAAGCUUUCCUGUUGCAUCUGUAGCCACAGCCCAGUGUCAUCCUCCACAAGCUCUCAGAGCACUGCAACAGAUUCAAGCUGCAGUCAAGCUGCCAAGUCAGCAGUCUGGCCAGAGCUCUUCCACACCAGCACUUUACAACCAACAAAUACCCAUGCAGCCAGAGCACCAACAGCCUUUACAACAAAAUACUCAGUCCAAUAUACGACUAACACAGCAUGCUGGGCAAGCUUAUAUACAGCCUCAGCAGCAGCAUGGUCAAGAAACUCUACACACUGUACACCAACAUAUGGCACAACAAACAACCCACCAUCCACAAAGCCACCAGCCACCUGCUCAGCAACAAGUACACAUCCCGCCUCUCCAGAAGCACAGUCAGACAACCAUACAGACAGUAGUACCACAACCGAUUCAGGAUGUAUCCCAGUCUAUAGUUCAGAAACCAGUUGCUCAACCUCAUCCUAUAUCGACCCCAGCUGUGCAGGUUGGAGUCAUACACCAGAGUUUCCCUGCUCCAGGUCCACCUGAUACCGCCUCUCAGAGCUAUGCCCAUUCAGCCCACAAUGUGCUGCAGACACAGUCAGCAACAUGUCAGAGCCAGUACCUGCCUGCACAGUCUACUGCUUCACAGAUCUAUGGCGAAGCUAACCAGUUUCAACCCUAUCUUUGCAAUGCUGCUUUCCUGAAUCAGAACAUUCUAGCUAGUCAGAACAUAUCUCAGCUUGGACAGGACCGACAGGGCCUUGGGCAGAAUCUGGGACAGUCAACUUUCAGUGUGCCAGCUCAGGCACUUCCUCCUCAACCACCUCUUGCUCAGUCUGCUGUCCACCAACAACUCCAACCUCUGCAGAUUUCAAACUUUCAACCAGCAGCACAUUCAUCCCAGUUUCCUUCACAGUAUCCCACAGUCCAGGUGAUGACAGCUAUGACUGACUGUGAAUCCUCCUACCCUCACUCUUGCACUGUCCCUAACCCUUCAACCUCCUCUUCUCUUAAUCACAUCUACCUUUCUCCAGGACAGACACUCCCUUGUACCCCCUCUGUCUCCCCCCUCUCUCCACUGCACAUUGAGAACACAUUAGUGCCCCCCAUCCCAGUGUCACUCAUGCCUUCACCAUCACACAUAGUGGGUAAGACGGGACCCACGUCCCCACAGCACCAGUCCAGUGUUAGAUCUGAAGCUUGUCAAUCACAACUUGCAUUUAUGUCAGCUUUGGCAAGCCACCCCCCACACACACUCACAGCCACAUCUCAGAACACACACCCUCCCACAAAUGGCAGCACCCAACCUCUAAAACAGGUCCUGGUCCCCCAUCCGGAGCAUGCUCCCUCUGCUCAGCUCACCCAACCUGCAGUCUUCUCCCCACCUGUGCAGAAUGUGUCAGACCCUGGAACAGCCACAAGCGCUGUCCAGCUAGACAUCAAGAAUGUACACCCACUGCCCCUGCAGGCCCAGAAUCAGAUUCAGAGCCAGAUUCCAGUGCUGCAGCAUUCUGACUCUCAAAGAGCUUCAUCUGGGUCUGCCAGUCCCAGUCUGACUCAGCAGAAACAGCUCAGUUCUCUCACAGGAGCUGCAAGUCAGGUCCCAGCUGAGACCAACAUGGAGGAUCAAGAGAAACCAACUGGAGGACAGAGCUAUGACAGCAGUGUCAACUCUGAUGCCACGUCAGGAAAGGAGAUGAGUGACGGCUAUGAGGGAACACAUGGAGGUAAAGGUGAAGCGAAAGUCCGUAAACACCAUCGCAAGUCUACUCGCACCCGUUCUCGGCAAGAAAAGAUCAACAGGCCAAAGCUCAGCAUGCUUAAUGUGUGCAACACUGGCGACAAGAUGGUAGAGUGUCAGCUGGAAACACAUAACCAUAAAAUGGUCACUUUUAAGUUUGACCUGGAUGGAGAUGCACCAGAAGAGAUUGCUACGUACAUGGUGGAGAACGAUUUUAUUCUGCCUUUAGAAAAAGAAAUGUUCAUUGAGCAGCUGAAGGACAUUGUGGAUAAGGCUGAGGACAUGCUGAGUGAGGACACCGAGGGUGAGAGGAACUUAGACCAGGGAGGCAGUCCAAAACAGAGUGACGGUGCUAGCACACUGGGAAUAGAGGGAUUGAAAACGUCCACACCCAGCAGCCCCCAGCUGGUGUACCAGCAGAAUGUCCUCCAUACUGGCAAGCGCUGGUUUAUCAUCUGCCCUGUGGCUGAGAGCCCUAUGAUAGACAAAGAGAAGACUGAAUCUCAAGCAACUACAGCCGAGGAAUCUGAAAAGCCUUCCUCAUCAUCGGUCAUGCCCAGCAGUAACACAUCUGCAGCAACUGCCCAAGCCGCAUCUCUAUCAUCCCAGACAUGCUCCUCUUCUCUGCCCCCUUCAGCUCAGACCUCAGUUACCCCUCAAAACCAAACUGUUGACAAAGCCCGGAUCCAGCAGCCUCAGCCCUGUCUUACCAAACAUGGCUCUACUGUUGGUGGUGCCUCUGGCCAACACAGUUCUCUUCCUAUGGAAGAGCCUUGCAUCUCUUCUGUCUCUAUAGUAACGGAUAUGCCAUGCUGCGCUAUUGUGCCACCUGUCUCUCUGGAUGUAAAUGCUAUAGGAAAAAAAGCAGCUGGGGGUAUUGUCUCUUCUCAAACUACUCAACCGAAUCAGACGUCCAGUCCUACUGAAGAACUACCCCCUCAGCAUUCUUCCCAUCAGUCUGUGGUCCUGCAGCAACCUUAUGCCACACCCAUGCAGCCUGGGACGGUUACCUCCCAGCCCCAGAGUCCAGCACAUCAGAACUCCCAGUCGUCUAGCCACCAGCAGUCAGCAAGUGCAGGGCCAGUAGAGUCGGACAGCGAGGGACCUAAAAGGGUGGAGUUUGCAGAUCGCACCAUCAAGACUUUGGAUGAGAAGCUGAGAAACUUGUUGUACCAGGAGCAUACUCCCACCCAGCCCUCCAGCAAUGCGUCCGAACCGCAGGCCUCCAGUACAGAGGGAGUCACUACACCACCAGUGUCAGAGGGCCAGAGCACUGAGGGGGCACUUACAACACAGAAAGGGGAGCCACUGCCUCAGAUUCCUGAGCGCACAGAUAGUCUGAGUGACUCUGCAGUUGCAGCCUCAAACAGUGUUUUGAACAGACAUGAUGGGACCACUGGCGCUGGCUCGUGUAGCUCCAAAAGCCGAUUUCAAAUCAUCCCUACUCCGCCGGAGGUCAUUUAUCGUUUAGAGAAAAGAAAGACAAGCCACAGCACCUGCAGUUCCCCAGCACCCUCUAGUGGUUCUGGAGGAUCUCACAGCCAGUUCCUGGGCCAAGGAAAGAAAGAGAAGGGCUAUAUGGCUGUGGGCGGGUCCUCUGUGAUAGCUGCAACUAACGACAAUGCUGGAAAUUCCAAACCUCAGUGUAGUAACCGUCUCUCUGCUCCACCAAACUUCUACCAGACCACCUCCACCUCUAGCCCUGAUAUCACCCCAGACCACAUCCCCCGGGCCCAGACAAUCGACACUCCGAACCAUUACCAACAGUCCUCUAACCUCCACUCUGACUCAGCAGACGAGGACAGCAGCAGCAUAGUCCUCCACCCAGCCCACCCCAAUCCCCCAGCUCAUGCCCUGUCCGAGCACAGUGGAAGUGACCUCAUGAAGAGGGCAGUGGCCUUCCUGCGACGUUCUGGUCGGAGCAAAAGUGAACAGAGCUCUGACUCACCGAGCCGACCUCCCAUGGCGAUGAACGGUCAUGCUCACUCGCCUCCUGCAGGACAUGCCCACUCAUCCUACAUGAGCAGUGACAACGACUCCGAGUUCGAGGAUGCAGAUAUGAAGAAAGAACUACAGAAGCUGCGAGAAAAACACAUGAAGGAGAUCUCUGAGCUGCAGGCUUUCCAGAGGAAUGAGAUUGAGCAUCUAUACAAGGAGCUGGGCAAAACGCUGCCCCCCAACGUUGGCCUCCUUCAUGCUGCACCCCCAUGUGGCCGCAGGCGCAGGACCAGUAAACACAAGCUCAAGGCUGGAAAACUACUCAAUCCGAUGGUGCAGCAGCUCAAAAACAAUCUUAACACCUCCACAGAGAGGAAAGGUGAGAGUGGUGCGAGUUCAUCCAGCUCCCCAGCUAAAAGUUCAAUUCUGUCAGACGGCUCUGCCCAUUCCAGUGGCAGCUCCAGCUCAAGCACCCAGCCACAUGCCACUCCAGAGCAGGUCCAGACCCAGCAGCCCUGUUCCUUGAAGGGCUCUUUCUCCUCAGACAACAUCUAUACUGGACGUCACGCUGAUGGAACAGCCAACCAAGCAGGCCCAGGACAAGGCUGGACGGUUUACCACCAAACGUCAGAGAGAGUCACCUAUAAAUCUAGUAGCAAACCACGCACUAGAUUCCUCAGUGGACCUGUGUCUCUGUCCAUCUGGUCCACUCUGAAACGACUAUGUCUAGGCAAAGAUCGCAGUAGUAGGUCGCCUCUCAACACCGCCGCAGCUCAGACAGCCGCCAGCCAGACACAGCCGACACUUACAACAACCACACCCUCCCCGUCUCCUCAGCCAAUCACACGACUCGCUCAGGUCCAGACCAACAACAGCAACAACAAGAGAGGCACGUUUACUGAUGAUCUUCACAAACUGGUGGAUGACUGGACGAAGGAAACUAUAGCAGCAGCCAAUCAGACGCGGCCCUCCCUUAACCAGAUCAAACAGCAGAGACGAAAGCAGGACCUCGAAGGCAAAGCGCUCCCCAGGGGAGGAGCUACACAUGAGAUGAAGUGCCAUGUUGGUCCCAGCAAGUUCCAGUUGCCUCUCUCCUGCCCCCUGACUGCUGCUUUAGGCCCGGGGAUGCCCACAACCCUAGCACCAAACUCCUCAGCAAUGCGCCCUCCUGGGUACCUUUCACCAGCAGGCUCCUAUGGCGGGAUGGUUCCUGGUCCUCUAUACCCCCCGCAGUGGCCUGGCCUGCCUAGUCCUGUGGGGACAGUGGGCCCUGUAGGCUUGCUCGGUGCUGGAGGAAAUAUGCCCUUUGGCACAAUGGCAAACCCAGGGAUCCAAGCCUACCCUCUGGUCAUGCAUGACUCUGAGACUGGCCCCUGUCUCAAAACCACUAGGACUACUUAAUCUCCAAAUCUGCUCUGCAGUGUUUCACCAGAGCGACUCCUGUACAUAAUGUGACCUUGUAAAAAACAUAAGAGUGUUGUUAUUCUUAAUACAACACCUAUAUAUGUAGUUUAUUGUGUUUGAGUGUGUGUGUUGAAAGUAUGUGUGUUUACUUUGUAGUACAUGUUUGUCUAAAUACCUAAUGCUUUUUGGCUGUGGUCUUGACUAAACUUAGCCAUACAAGUCUCUUUUUUUAGGUCACAGAAACAUGUUUCACUUUAUUCUUUAAUACUGUACUACUGUAGUUGUCACAAUGAUUUUGCCUUUUUGUGUUACGUCCGCAUUAAACACUACACUACAUUUGGAAUCCAAAAACCAGUGGUUUGAGAUAUUGUAACAGGACAGUAUUUAUGAUAAAGAUACCUGAAGGAAUGUAGUGCCUUGAGCAUUGAUUUAUAGAUUGUUUUCUUCUGUGAAACAACUGCAUGUCUGCAUCCAACUUAUUUUAUUUGAGUGCAGUCUCUUUUUUCUUUUCUUUUUUUUUUUAUGCAUUACAGACACUUUUGUUUUUUGUUUACAUAUGAAUGCCCUUGUAGUACUGCACUAUUAACACAGUAUAUGCUCUUAUUUAAAUAAUAAAAUCAUGUUUUAACCCUUGUUUACUUUCUACCAUGUGACAGAUGGCAUGCCAUAGAGGUGGGAUGUGCCAUUGCCUUGCAGAAAGAAAUGGUUAAUGUGAGACUGAUGGGUGAAGAAGAAAAAAAAAAGCCAGCAGCCAAAAUCAACAUUUUCAGGUCAAAUGGUUAGUUGGACACGGUCUCUUUUGAUGUGUUGGAUAGCACAAGAGUUGGCAUUGUUGUGUCCUUGUGCUCAGAGAAAAGGCAGUGUCCAGAGCCAUAUAUACUGUACAUAGUUCUUUCUACAGUGUAUGCCUCUGGUAGUGAUCAGAAUGUAGCAAUUAAUAUGUGAAGGCUUGAGGCUUUAAAGUGCAAUUUAACCCCUCCACAAAGCUUUGAUCGUGGCCUUGCCACAAGCCUUAUCUCUGAUGAUGUGUGCAACAGGAGCAAGCUGAUAAGUUGAACAAAGUUACAAAACACAAAGCAAACAAUAGAAGCUACUUGCAAAAUAAUAAACAAUACACACCACUUAUCAAACUCUGAAGUCACUACUGCUAAAUGUUUUUCUCAACUUGGCUGUCCUAUUACUCAGCAUACAGUGUAUGUAACAAUGUUUUGUGCAAUCACCACUGAAGUCUGACUUUUUAAAUUAUUUGAUGUAUAAAGCUUAAUUUUGUUUUGAUGCUGCUAUUGUCUUAGGUUCACUAUACAUUUUUGCAUUGUAUUCACAGAAGAUGGUACUUAAAAAUAAAAACAAGAACUCCUCUUAAGUAGAUGAAUAAAUGAGACUCAGAGCAGUGUUAUUGCCUUGGAGUUUUAAUGUUGACUUUCCCAGGUUGAUUUUGCCUUUUUUUUUUUUUUGUUAGGUGAAAUAUUGCAAGAAUCAAAUGAUUCUUGAUGCUGAAGAUUUGCACAACAUAUAGUUUCUCUUAAGAUAUGGUCAGUUUCCUAAACUGUAUAUAAUAGAUUUCACAGCCUGUACUUUUUUAAAUCACAGAUUAGCAUGGCCAACUCUAAUAUUCCACAACGCAAAGAUAAAUAAAACGGCUACUAUGGUCAGAAAUUUCACAUCUCCACAACACAUUUAAAAAGAUUUUUGCAUCCCAAUCCUGCCAAGCUGUGAAUUGUACAGUUGUCUUGUACUAUAUAUUUGUACAUUUUGUUUGUUUGAUGGUAAAACUUGUGUAUGGGGUGGUGGAGGUGGAGGGGUUGUUUGAUGUAUAUUAAUCCAUCAAUUCGGUUUGAAUUGGACUUUUAUAGGAUAUUAUGCAGAGUCUUCUGCUUUGGUGAAAUAUUUCCAGUAGUAAGAGAUUUCUGUUCUCUGUCAUUGUAUCUGGUAUGUUUUAUCCCAACUCCCUCGCUGUUAACUCACUGUGAGCAGAGAAGGGAAUAACUAUUGUUUGCAUAUUCAUCAGGGUGCAAUGAUCAAAAGAGGAGCUGAAAUGCACAGAGGAGGAGCUUUUCUUCUGCCUUUGCACAUCUCACUUCUCUCUGGAAGACAACAUUGCCCCCUGGUGAAUGGGCUCCGAUUGUCAAAGGCUUGUAUUUUAAAUGUGUGGGAUUGCUUCUGCCUGCUGAUUGUCCCACUGCAUUACCCCACCUACCCUGCUGCACUGUAACCACGGACUGUAUGUUGAGAGAGAAAUAAAUAUUAUUUUGUGCUUGA